UAUACGACACCAAGUUCUCAUCAUGGCUUCUUAUUCCUUCUUCCUUCUCGUCUUGCUGUUUGCAUUUCUCACCCCUCCUGGGUUUGCCAAUUUCGUCUAUCAUGAGCCUCCAACAUAUAAGCCUCCUAUCUACAAGCCACCAAUAUACAAGCCUCCGAUUUAUAAACCACCAAUUGAUAAGCCUCCUGUUUACAAGCCACCGAUCUACAAGCCUCCUGUUUAUAAGCCUCCAGUCUACAAGCCUCCCAUAAAGAAGCCGCCAAUCUACAAGCCUCCUGUUUACAAGCCACCUAUUUACAAGCCGCCAGUCUACAAAUCCCCUGUUUACAAGCCGCCAGUCUGCAAACCCCUUGUUUACAAGCCUCCCGUUUACAAGCCACCAGUCUAUAAACCCCCAAUUUACAAGCCUCCCAUAAAGAAGCCGCCAAUCUAUAAGCCUCCCAUUUACAAGCCGCCAGUCUACAAACCCCCAAUUUACAAGCCUCCAGUCUAUAAGCCACCAAUUUACAAGCCGCCAGUCUAUAAGCCUCCAAUUUACAAGCCUCCCAUAGAUAAUCCGCCAAUUUAUAAGCCUCCUAUAGAGAAGCCACUGGUCUACAAGCCUCCUAUUUAUAAAAUCCCAAUUGAAAAAUCUCCAAUUUAUAAGCCACCUUUUUACAAACCUCCAAUAGAGAAACCACCCAUUUAUAAGCCUCCCGUUUAA